UUAACCGAAAAUGGAGUUUUGGUCGACUACCUGAAAAUGUUGAAGGAAAUGAAGAUCCAAAUGAAUAAAGUGCAAGAUUUCCUUGAUGCACAUAUCAAUCUACUGGAGGACCUCAGGAAAUCUCAACCAUUGCAGAACCAGGACAAAGGUUAUUUGUCAAGUGGUCCAGUGAAGCGCCACAAUAGCCAAACCAGUGACCCUCCACAAAUGCAACAAGGUUCUUCGUCAAGUAGUGAGAAUAGCCAAACUAGUGACCUUCCAGAAAUACAACAAGCCACACUGAAGUACAAGAUGGUGAUAAGUGGAAAAACCUUUAAUGCCCAUCAACAGAUACUGGAAAAAGUAAAGGCUUUAAGUGAGGAGCCAGAUUUGAAUUUGAUCGAACAGGAAGACAGCAAUCAGGAUUGCCAGGCCAUUAUUGUCUUCUGUCCCAUUGUUUCACGUAUGGGGACAGAUAUUGACGCAGCCAUGACGCAAGUCAAAGGUUCUCAGCCUGUCAUUCUGGUUUUGAUGCAUCACGCACAUGAACCCAAGCAUGUAAAUUUCAUGAAAACAAGGGAUGGCGUUUCUAAUGUUGUGUUACCUUUCCAUGUGUUCUACCAUGAGACAGUGCAUGGAUUGUUGCAGUGUCAACAAAAUAACGAUGCCAUUUCUGAAAUUCGAAAGGCAUUACUGCAGUACGCAGAUAUCCAGACAAUUAAAGAUACAAGUGGAAAGACACAGAAUGUGGCUGCUAGUAAUUAUGGUGGUAUUAUUAGUAUUCCACUAAUGAGAGUUCAAACCUUUUUAAAAAAAUUUUCAUAGUGUAAAGUCAGAUAUCACAAGUCAAAGAAACUGUAAAUAUGUCCCAUUCAUUACUCUUUUGUAAUCCACUUUUUUUGCACUGUAUCACUUGAGUAGUCCAGAUUGCUCUGACCAUUUGCAUAGGAAUUGAGGAUUUUAUGGUUUUGAUCAUGCAAAAUAAUUAUUUUGUGCAUUGUGAAACAAAAGGGCAGCACAGAAUUGUCUUUGUGACCUUUAUUUCAGUACUUUAAGAUAUUUCAGCUGUAAGGGUAGUUGCUGAGUCAACAGGUGUGAUCAUGAAGUGUCAAAGAAGAGGUCAGAGACACAGUAUAUGGGUGUAGAUAGCCAUAAAACUACUUUCAACUGUACCAACUGCUGUUUAUCUCUAAAAAAAACCCCAAAAGUGACAGUUACAGCUAUAUGUACACAGUGACAUCGUAAGUCCUUUGAUCAUUAAGAUAAAUAAUAAAUAUAUUUAUAUCAAAG